UUGUGUUCGUGUCUAGUAUAGUCUUGUCUGCUGUGAAUUUUUUGAUAAUAGAAGGCGUGAUGGAGAUUUAUUGGUUUUGAAACUCUGUUCGUUCGAGUUUUGUGGUAUUAAGUUUACCUUCAAAAUGGUGUCUGUUAUGCACCCUUUCAUGGAUGUGGAGUGUUCACGUUCAUAUGUUGAUGAACUCUAUUCCUCAGAAGAAGAUAAAUGCUUGGAAGCUAUUGUGUGCCUAAAAAAUUCUGUUAUUGGCAGCAAUCGUCAGAAAGGCCAUGUAAUUGCGCAAGGCGUUGUACCAAGGUUACUGCAGCUUGUUGGGGAUAACAUGAUGCCAACGCAGAUCAAGGUCGAAGCAACAAUUACUCUUGGUUCUCUAGCCAAGGGAACAGAGGACCAUAUUAAGGCUUUAGUAGAUCUGGGUGUUGUACCAGUGCUAAUAAAUGGUUUGGCCAGUGAAGAAGCAAGGUUGAUUGAAGCAUGUCUGAGGUGUUUACGGACCAUCUUUGAAUUCCCAUGUGCACCCGUUGGACUAGUUUGUCAGGACGAGAAUCUACCAUUACAUCUCCUAAGUCUCAUCCCGCACUCUGUAUCCAACCAAGUGUGCAUUGCCACCAUUCUUACCGCAGGAUGCAAGACCUUAGAUAACCAGAACUUACUCUGUGGACAGGGAGCUGUUCCUGCAUUGGCUGCUUUGCUUUGUUCUCCACAUUACAAAGUUCAGAUGCCAAGCCUCCGCUGCCUAGCCAACAUGUGCUUCCAAAACCAGAAGGUGUCGGCAAUUGUUGCAACUUCCAGCUUUGGAGGAAAGUCUGUCCCUGAUUUGUUGGUGGGACUAAUGGCAAGGGACAAGCCAAGUGAAAUGCAGAUGGCAGCAGCAAGGUGUAUUACCUAUAUGCACCGAGCUGUUGCAAUUAGUGCUGAGGAUCCAAAGAUUUUGUAUCGGACACUUCCAUGCCUGGUUCGUCUUUGUAAGAAAGAUCGGCCUUGUGAAGAAAGGGUGACUGCAGCAGAGACGUUAGCAUAUCUAACAGAAGUUGACACUGAACUGCAACGUCUUGCAUCCAUUUCAAAUCAUCUGGUCCCUACUCUUUCCGAGUUGCUGCGAUACCAGCCAGAGCCAUCACACACACAGUCUAUGCAGCUGACUCCCAGUCAGACAGCACAGAGAUUGGAGCAGGAGGUGAAGAUAGCGCAGGACAUGAAGCAAGCAGCUUUCAGAGCCUUUGCAUCAUUGGGAGCUAAUGAUGAAGAUAUACGCAAGAAAAUAAUUGAAACAGAUAACCUGAUGGACCAUAUUGUUAGUGGGCUUCAGGACCCAAGCCCACGAGUUCAGCUCGCUGCUGUUCGAUGUCUCCAUUCACUUUCUCGAUCUGUUCAGCAGCUUCGAACCACCUUCCAGGAUCAUUCAGUGUGGCGACCACUGAUGCAGCUUCUACAGGGGGCUUCUGAUGAUAUCUUGACAGUUGCUUCCUCUACACUCUGCAAUUUAUUGCUUGAAUUCUCCCCCAGUAAAGAACCUAUUCUUGAGUCAGGUGCCGUGGACUUGCUCUGUGGACUUACAAGACGUCAGGAUCCAGCAUUACGACUUAAUGGGAUAUGGGCUCUUAUGAACAUGGCAUUCCAGGCUGAACAGAAGAUUAAGUCCCAAAUCCUUCAUGCAUUAGGCACAGAUCAGAUUUUUCGAUUAUUGUCUGAUCCAGAAGUAGUUCUUAUGAAGACGCUGGGGUUGUUACGAAACUUAUUGUCAACAAAACCUCAUAUAGACCACAUUAUGGGUCUUCAUGGUAAUCAGAUUAUGCAGGCUGUGGUGCUAAUAUUAGAAGGAACCCAUAGUGCAGAAGUCAAGGAGCAGGCUUUAUGCAUUCUGGCUAAUAUUGGUGAUGGAGAAUUAGCUAAGGAAUACAUAAUGGCCAAUGAAGAUGUUCUGAAGAAACUUACUGAUUACAUGAUGCACUCCAAUGUGAAAUUACAGAUUGCAGCUAUCUUUUGCAUUUCAAAUUUGGUAUGGCGUGAAGAAGCAGGAUCAAGUGAGCGCCAGGCGCGACUGCGAGACCUUGGUGUGUACAAAUUACUUCAGCAGCUCAUCAUGACAUCUGACACACUUCUCUUUGACAAGGUGAAAACAGCGAUGACCCAGUUUUCAGAUGCAUGAUGGACGUUGUGAUAACUGCUGUCCUACAAAGUUUGCAUUGACUGGUCUUUGUGUACUGCUAUGUAGUUCAAGGUCGUGAAACCUAAUGUUUUGUGAGAUGCUUUGUUCUUUCAUUUCAGUAUAAAGAUUUUGUGUGUAGUAGUGGCGUAAACAUGAUACUAAAGCUAAGAUGAUUAAGCUUAGCUGAAUGUAUAUGUUUUUUCACAUCAAAAUUCUUUGAAGGACCAUUACUUACCAUAUUUUAACAUCAUGUAUUAAAUUUGAUUGGUGAUACUUAAAAGACCAUAUACAUUGAUUAAAUGUAUUUGGGUAACUGUUUCUUAGGUAAUUUAAGAAUACUGCAUGGGUAAAGGAUAGAAAUUUCAACUGAUUACCAGAAACAUGUCAAACAUACAGUGUUAUUAGUACACCUCUGUGCUCAUUUUGCUUUUUAGUGGGUGCAUGAGGGUAAUGGCGAUGAAUGUACAGCUUACAGAUAGCCUGUUGUUCUAUGUGUUGUUUUCACAAGAACCUACCAUUUUACUUUAUCCUGCACAUGAUGAAUUCAAUCCAAAUUUAAUUCACCAUUCAAUAUGGUAAUUGGUCAAUUUGUGAUAAUGGAUGUGUGUGUAACAAUAGUAGGUAGGUGUGCUUUGGUAAUGGUAUGUUUUUAUUGCUCUUUAAUGUUUGGUCAUGCCAUACUUCUACACUUAUGCAGUACAUUAUACCAUACCAUUGUACAAAUAAUCCUGAAUAUAUUAUAAACAGGCAAUAAUGAGAAAAUACAGAUUUAAAAUAAUUUAGCAAAUACAUAUUUGAACAUGUUAUGUUGUUUAAAAAGGCAGAAAAAGAAGUAGCACAGCUAUAUAAACAUAUUAUUGUAGCUGGUAAUAUGGCAGUACUCUUAAGCAAAGUGAAGAUCAUUAGAAUGUAUUCUUUGAUUAAUUUUUAGCAGUUUCAAUAGUCUGUAACAAAAGUGAUGUAUGAGGAAUGUUUUGCAAUCUUGAUAAGGCUUUUUGACUGUGUUAAUCAUAGCAUAUAGUGACUAAACUAGCUUAUGUGGAAUAUGUGUAAACACUAAUGAACAGCACAUAUCUUACAAAAAUAAAACAAAGGGUUACAAAUAAAUCUACACAUACAAAAUAGUGUUUGUUGUAAGUGGAAUAAAGUUCAACAUCACGUUC